GUUCAAAAUCAUAGAGUCUGAUCCUAAAUCUAAACCUGAUCCAUACACCUACAGAAAAUCAAUGAAGCACUAAACCUUACCCAGCAAGAGUGGAAAAGAGAACAAAAUGCUAAAGGCAACCUUACCACAACCUUGUCUCCAAUCUCAGUCCAACUGUGCUGCAUCCAGCAAAGCAAACCAAAAUCCACAUAGCUCUAAGAAACUCAAGCCUGACUCUGCAGAAGCCUGUGUUUGUUUGGGGAGGCAACAGGGGAAGAAGAUAGAAAGCCAUCAAAGAUGGCAGCUAGUUGGAAAGAGUUGCCCUUCAGAACCAAAGGAGGAAGAGAUGAAAAAAUCAAGAGAGAACUUCCUACAGGAAACUUGGAGAACCACUGGAAAUAUGCUGCAAUUCAAAAGGGAUGGCAGUGAGCUGGUGUCGGAUAGUGGCUGCUUUGUAACAAAAGGUUUUCCAAGAGCUGCUUCAGGCUUGCCCCAUUCUGGGCUUAGCAACCAAGGUGACCAAAGUCAAGAAUGGAAAGUGGUGAAAGUGAAACGAGUCCUUAUUUCUCCUGUUGGUGAACCUAGAAAAGCAAAUAUUUCAAGAAGUGCAAGCCUUUCUGAAAAAGAGUUGAAGGAAGCAAAAGCCAGGAGCCAAAGAAUUGCUGCCCAGCUGACAACCCCACCCAACACCAACUCCAAAGGGGUGCUCUUGUUUCACAGGCGGAAGCAGCGAGUGAAUGCAUUUACCGAAACCCCCCAAACAAGAAGAGAACAAGCAGCUGCAGAGGGCAGCCCCACAGCUAUUCACCACACCAUCUCAAGCCAUGGGAAAGAGCACCCUUUGAAACAGACCUUAAGAGACAACAGAGACCUGAUAGGAUUGUCCUGCAUCAAGGAUUCUGGAUUCUGGGGGCAAAAAAGCAGCAUGGAAAAAUAUGAGGAGAACCUGGCUAUAGAUCGGUCCCUAGAGAAGACUGAGGGCCUUCAAAGCAAUAAUAUAAAAAGUGAGGAGAUUCUUUCCACAAUGAACACAAUAUCCUCAGAGGAGAUUCCAGCUGAAGACUUUCAACAAAUCCCUCUCAGUGUGUACCUAAAGCAGAAUACAGAGACAGCCUCAGCCAAUGGAAUGCAUGAACUUAUCACCAAUGAGCUUGAAAAAGCCAAUGUUAUUGAACAAGCUCCAGUGAUGGACACUGUAGAAAACAUACCACCUAUUGUUGAUGAUGAGCCUGUCACUGACAGGGAGAAUAACAGUAGCAUUCUCAACAAGGAUCCAUACAUACUGCACAUGGACAGAGAAAAUAACUUUCUUGAUAAAGUACCAUAUUUCCCACAUAUUGAUACUGAGAAUAAUAACAACAUCCCUGACAAGGAGCCAUGCAUACCUGUUAUUGAUAGGGAUAAUAAUAAUGUUGUUGUUGAAAAAACACUGAGUGAGCCAGUUAUUGACAGGAAGGAGAAUGGAGAGAUUUUCAGCAAGGAGGAGGAUGUGCUGAUUAUUGAGAACAAGAACAUUUUGCCCACUGCCAACAUAGAGGAACCCCUUCUAGUUACAGAAAAACAGCCCAACGAAACUGUGACUCACAAUAAUAAGCAGUACUGUGAAGUACGCCUGACUUUAUCUAAGCCAAUGCCUGUGAAGAACCGAACUGCAAGACCAUUUGGGACUCAGUCGUUAGCUGCAUCUCAGUCUCAAUCGUUGGCCUUGACUCAGUCGUUAGUUGUGACUCACACACCAGCAGAGAAGAGUAAUGUGGUGGAGCUCCCUCCUCCACCUACUUAUGCAGAAACAUUUUCCAGCCCUCCUCCGGUAACUAGGGUCAGGUCACCUCCAGCCUACUCAGCUCUGUACCCUAGCGAAGAGCAGAAAGCCCCUAUUCCUCAAGAGCCUAGGUAUGAAGAGAACAGACCAGGACCCCUUCCUGGAGAGAACAGAGAAGUGCCUUCUACUAAAACAGGCAUUCUGGAAGAGUCUGUAGCCCGCAGAGCAAACAAGAAGUCUAUGUUCACUUUUGUUGAGAAGCCGAAGGUGGCUCCUAAUCCCGACCUUUUGAAUUUAGUCCAAAGGUCAGAUAAUUGGAGAAGGCAAAAAGAACAACGAGGAGCAAUUCCAGAGGAUGAGCCAUUUGCUCUGGGAGCAGAAGCCUCUAACUUCUUGCCUGUAACUAUACCAACAGAUGGCCCAACCCAGGCUCCUGGAGAUGCUGCUCCAGAGUGGUCUUCAUGUCUGAGAUCACCAAAAAUACAACCCAAGCCGAAGAUCAAAUCCAACCAGAACCUAACAGAGGCAAGAGGAAAGGGGGCAGAAUUAUUUGCCAGACGGCAGUCAAGGAUGCAGAAGUACGUCAUUGAGUCUUCAUCACACCACCCUGAUAAUAUCAGGUCACCCUCCCCUACUAUGUCUCUCCCUCCUUCCUGGAAAUAUGUUUCAGAGACUCAUCUCUCCCCUAUGGCAUUCCAACCCCCACCCAAAAGUCCAGUCAGAUCUCCCAGAACUCCCCCUGUACCCUUGUACAACAGCAGUAUGACAGAGAGUGAGAUUUCCAAAAAGGAGCUAGAAAUCUCCAAGCAACAGCCAUACCAGCUCCAGUCAUCUUUGUUUAUCCUUUCCCCAGCCAAAGAUCCAGUAAGGGCUUUACCAAAAGCAGCACCACCACCAAAGCCUGUGGUUCCUGAGUCCGGUUAUAUGAGACAGGCUUCUUGCCCAACAUCUGCUUUGCUACCUUCUCCAAUUUUGCACCCACCUGCCCAGUCAAGUCCUGGCCGGCCAUUGCCUGCCAAUUUUGCUCCAUCUGCUGGGACUCUGCUUGCACCUCAGAACAUCAGAACAGCUGCUGGAGCACCACUCGAAGCAUCAUUUGAAUACCCUUCUAGAAUUUUGUCACCAAGAGCUAAAGCCAUCUUCCAAGCUCCAAGGCCUUCAUAUUCCACCAAGGAUGCGGGAAUUGAGCCUCAGGAAAGAAGAGUGUCCCUCCCUGCUUCCCCAACGUGGACUCCCCGACUGUGGCGACAGCCUAGCAGUUUAGAUGGUUGGGUGAGCCCAGCUCAAACUCCAGAGCCUGAAGAAGGGCUAACAGAGGCCUUUCGUGCAGUCAGUGUCAUGACCCCUCCUCCUCUUCCUCCUCCUCCCAUGUCUCCCUCAUGGAGUGAAAGGUCUCUGUCCCCAUUUCGCCAAGAGACAGAUCCCAAGUCCAACCGGCAGAUGCAAGUAUUACUGGCCAGAAACAUUAUCAAUGCUGCCAGGAGGAAGAGCUCUUCUCCUAAAGCCCCAGGGAUAGAUAGCUUCAGGCCCUUCACUCCCCCUGCCACUUCUAUCAGUGCAUCAGAUGGUAGUCCUAAGAACAUGGGCAACCGUUCCCCAAGCCCAAUGCAGUCUCCCAGUCCAAGAAGAAUGGAUGGAUAUCGGUGUGUCUCCGUCCCCAUCACCACUGCACCAUCACACGUCAGUGCAUCAUCAAACAACAGCCCCAGGUUGCUGGGCAGCCAGUCUCCAACAUAUAAAAGCCCACUACAAUCUCCAAAAGCAGGUCGGAUGAAUGGAAACAAGUACUUCACACUGCCUGCCAGCACUGGGUCACCACUCAUGAACGUGACAUCCAGUAAUGGUCCAAGAACAAUGGGCAACCAUUCUGUGGCACACAGGGAUCCAGUCCAGUCCCCCAAAACCACAAUCAUGGAUAGCCACAGGAUCUUCACACCACCGGCAAGUACAACCAGAAAACCAUCAUGUACCAGUCCUAAGGACCUGGGCACUGUUUCCCCAACCAUUAAAAGCCCCUUGCAGUCUCCCAUUGUGGGAACACAUUCUCCGGUGAAGCGCUAUACCUCCAUGUCACCCACCAAUUCAGAUGUAUCCCUCGACUCUGAAGACUCUGGGAUCAAGUCACCCAGUAUCCGCAGUUUCAACAUUUGUCCUCGGGGCUGGAAUGGCAGCCUGAGGCUGAAGCGGGGUAGCCUUCCUGCAGAAGCAUCCUGUACUUCCUAAAUCUGAAAUAACAGGUGGAGAUUACAAAAGAGCAGAAGCCUGUUGUCAGUUCUACGAGCACCUAAUCCUGCCAGUCUAGUUAAGCAUCAAGUGGAAGAAACUGGUCUGCAAAAAUAAGAUGUAAUGCUUCUCCCCAAGCCUGCCACUUUCUGGGGAUUUAAAAGAACACGACAGAACAUAUUAAUCUGGGGAAAGAUUUCUCAGAGCAGAAGUGCCCAAAACUGAGGGAAAUGUGACUGAGACUGUGACCCCCAAACACCAGAUUUCAGUAGGAUUCUCUUUAGUCAUUGUCCCCAUCAUGGCAUUUGCAUGUAUAUUUGGCUUUUACGGGCUUUGAUUCAUCCGUCUUUACUGAACUGGAGCCAUCAGUGACUUCUUUGCUCAAGGGAGACUAAUAAGGCUUAGACUGUUUCCCAGUCUGAAAUAUCCAGUGAGAGGACGAGAACACACACACACACACACACACACACACACACACACACACACACACACACACUAAUCCCUGGCAGGCCGUCAGUGAGUGAGCAGGCAGAGAGGGAGGCCAUCCUUGUGCCUGCCUUCCACUAUAGUUGUUAUUGUUUUCCCUGCACUCUGAUUGGACUAUGAGUCAGGUCUGCCUGUACUCCAGUUGCCUGAGGGCAUAAGUAGAAAGUGAGAAACAAAGGGCAAGAGGACCUUAGUCCGAAGUUAUAUCUGCCUGUUCAUCUGUGUGAUUCAGCUUUUCCUCCAAAUACAAAAUCCUGGCUUUACACAAGUCCUAGAAGCCCACAAAGAACAGUCUUGUGACAUUCUUCUCUUGGAUUUGAGACUCCCUAGAACAGUGGAUGGGGAAACAAUUGAGCUGAGGCACUGAAUCACACAGCAAAGAUCUCUCGCACAAGAAGAAUGGGAGGCCGCCCUCCAGAAAGUUCCCAGUGUCCAAGAAAAUCUGGAACUCUUCCUACAAAGAAAUGAUUUUUGGUCCAGCAUUUGAAAAGAGCAUGAUGAACUCCACAUGUACUCAGGCAAGACUACAGCAAAACUGACACCCCCAGUCAGUACCUGGUAACCAUCUUCUUUGUUAUGUAAAGAUCAAAUUUUCUCUAUAAAGCCUACACUAAUGGAGCACAGGAUCUGCCUGUAUGGAGGGGUUCCUGUGGAGUGUCCCAAGACACUCUGAGGAGCACAGACCAGAGCAUGGAUCCUUCAAGAUGAGGAGGAUCGUAAAUAAUUUCCUGCUGGAGUGCAGAUCUGGUUUAAGCACUGGAGAGGGGAGGCAGGACUUCAUUUAUUUACUGAAGACUUGUGGGAUAGAUAUCUAGUGACUCCCCCCACCGCAGUCCUCGAACUAGGGUCUUAUUCAUGGCAGCAAAAGCCCAGACUCCCCUGCACGAAUCCUACAUAAGACAGCAAUAAAGAGGAGAAGCAUCUUCACGUUAGGUUCCUCUUGAACUGUUUCAAGAAAAGAGGCUGGUUGCAGCAAUCAUGGGCCUUGUACAUGGGUACAUAAGUUCCCAACCCAGUUGCUGAAAAGAUCACAAACCGACAGACUUAUACCCAAAUCUUUGGUAAAAAUGAUGAGCUUCUUUGGCAUAUAUCCAGUAUGGUCAGAAGGCUGACAGCAAACUAGGUAGUUUGUCAUCAGAAUUUGCCCACUGAACUCCUGCAAGACAUAUACUGGUUUCCCCCGCUAUGUUUUUGCAGUUUAUAGUCACUGUCCAGAGCCCUGUUAAAGAUCAACUCCUUUUCCUGUUUACGCUGUGGUGAGGCUACCUCCCAAACCACCACCACCCUCUCCUCCUCUCCUCCCCACCCCACCCCACCCCAACCCAUGUACUGAAUGAUAUGGUAUCAUGCAGCCAGUUCGCCAACUGGCAAUGACAUGGGCAGGGACAUAUCAGGUGUUUUCCUUGCUUGCCCUUGAUACAGCAGUCAUCCUCUAUUUUUAUCCCUGUAACCUUUAAAGACAGGAACAUGUUCUCAGUAUUAAUUCAAGGUGAGCCAGAAAUGAAUAACAGCAGAGAAAAAAGGUCCCCCAUCUUUGUUUUCUUCUGAUCAUGCAUAGCUUAUGUGGGAGAGCAGGUGGAGGAGGCUGCAAGCUGUGGGUUCCUUGGAAACAUUCCAGCUCAUGCUAGCCAAGUUGAUCACAUGGCACAUGUGCUGCUGUCAUUGCUUGAGCCAUGUACUGCAGUAGCACAGCCGGGACCGUUCGUGUUGGCCAAGGAGAAGUAGGGUAAUGUAGCCCAGGUGUAUCAAGCCCAGGUCUAUCAAUCCCUACCCACUGGAGGCUGGGUAGGGGGUCAUAGAUAUCAGGUAUACAUGCUAUCCCAGUGAAAACAAAUGGGCAGCAGAAUUCAAAUUGUUACAUCCAGAAACUUGCUGUGAAGCACAGAACACUCUUUUGUUCCCAAACAUCAUACUGAGGGGACCCACCUGUAGAGAAAGUAAUAGGUUUUAGCCCGAGACUGGAAAUGACAGGCUCUUAACCCCUUGCACUCCAUUUCUUCUGACACUUGCUUUGGGCAGCCUGACAACCCACAUUUGGGCCUCAUGAUAUGAUUUGAGAAUGGUUGCUAUGGGCAACCAUGGGGGCUCAUAGGCAGUCAAGCCAAUAUAAGAAGUUUGCUGCGGCAGGGACCUGAGUUCUGCCUUGACUCAGCACACUCAGAGAGCGAAAGGACGAUGUAAGAACACCCAGUGCUACAAAAUAUUGGUUUCCCCUGCAGCUGCUUGGCCUCUUGGGUCUAGAGGUCAAACGGAUACUUUGCCGCUGCUCUGGUUUCACUAGAGGAAUGGCAAAGGAGAGAAGAGUAUCACACAUUAAAUCCCACACUGAGGCCUCUCUGUUGUGACUGCCUGGCCUAUGCGAUAAAUUUCAGUCCCACAGGCAGGGAGCGUAUGGCAUGUCAAGUGUCAAUUCUCAGAUAGCUCUCUGGUCCGUCAACCUGUCCCUUCUAAGACUAGCAAAGGAGGCGCAGAGGGAAAGGGACGAUGGAAGGUUAAUGGUGCCCUCUAGAGGUUCGUGCUAUCAACUGCAAGAUUUUUGUCUUAAGAACAGGGUGGACAUUUGUAUAGCUGAGCCUGAAAGAGAGCACUGGUUGGAUAAGCUUUCCACAAAGAUAACACUGUGGCAGGGGAAAGGCUCUACCCAUCAUCCCCUGAGAAGCUCUUGUUUCGUGUUUAGAAGGAAAUGUUGCAUGUCGCUGAGUGUAUGGGAGAGAGGUGCUGAUCUGGGAGAGGUGUUAAAAGAAACCUUUUGAGAUGUCAGGAAUUUCUGAAGGUGUCCUUUUCUUCCCUGAAUCAGGCAAGCAGCUAUGCAGUCUUUGAAGAUACUGCUGCCUGCAGCUUAAGGAAGGCAAAGACAGGUAUUUGCACAGGGAAAUUAAAAAGUAUAAACAGCAAAGUAUCAUCAGUAGUAGCAUAUUGCUCAUUUCAGAGACAGAAUCUCAUACUCUUGCUUGCCACUGGAGAAGAAACCUGUAGUAUAUUAGGCAUGGUGCUUAAAUACCUUCAUCUCUAGACCUAAGCCUAUAAGAACAGAUGGUCUAAGUAAAUCUUGAGGCAAUUGGAAGUGGGGCUCCAUUUUACCCAAGGAAGAAACAAAAAUAGAGUGAGCCCUAAGGGUAGAGUCCUCCUUUGAGGACAAUGACAAGGAAGAGUUCUGAGGUUUACCUCCUAUCCCUGCCUUUACAGACUUGACUUCUUUCUCCAGAGUUACCAUGUGAUGCUUCCUGGCACAAAGCUCAUUUUCAUGUGCUGGAUGCCUGCUAGCUCUAGUGCAAGCAAAUUUGCCAAGAAGGAUAGGGCCAAGAAGACUAGAGUCUUGAUGGGCUAGAAGUCCAUGAUGUGACAUUCAAAAUCUGUGGACAUAAGCAAAGCAACCUUUGUGGUGGCCUUUGUCCCUGCUUCAAAUGCUUAGUGAACCUCACCCUACCACUCUUGCUGAUUUGGAUUCUGUUAGGGUUCUUAUAAGGCUGCUCCUAGUAUAAGGAACAUAAUCCAGCCUGCUCCUGGGAAAUGUAACAAUAGCCAGGGCCCCAAAAGGCAGUAUGUUGAGGUAACUGGAGGUGAAAGCAAGAGUGAAAUAUAGGUAUCAAUCAGAGGCGCCUUUACCUCUGGACUUCAGGGCCAAAGUCCAGGGCCUCCACAGCCCCGGGGCCCCGCAAAUCUUCUUUAGUAUGUCCCAGGUGGUGUGGUUGCCCAGCCAAGCAUGAUGAUGCUUAAUUUGCAGGGAGUGGGGCUCCAAAGACCUUUAGGUCCAGGCUCCAAAAUUUCUUAGGUGCACCUCUGGUAUCAUUGAUUGACAUCCUGACUAAAUUUACCAGAGGAAGUCCUAAUGAAAUUUAGUAGUACUUUAGAGUAACUCCUGAGUAGCCCUACUGACUAUGUAGUCAGGAUGUCAACCACUAUCUCCCAGUGUGAUGGUAUUGAUCAAACCUAAUUCCAAAGUGAGAGUAAAAAGCAUUCAAGGUCCAUAGCAUGAUGCUUCUUACAAAACAGUAACAGGAUGGUUUGUGAGAUCAAACUGGAUGGUUGCUAGAUCCAUCUAGCAAGAUUAAUUUCUGUUGAAUGGAAUUAAAAAAAAAAUUUUUUUUAAUGAACCUGGUGACUAAUGGAUAGAAAGGUGCUAUUGUUCAUUUGGGGUUUUUUGUUAAAACUUUGUAAAAAGUUGGUUUUAUAAGUACUGUUACUUUUCUCUUAAUGUAUUCAGAUAGUGUCUGGCAAUAGACUUUGGAAAUCAUGUACGAUCUGUAGUGUCCACUCUGCCAUGGAGUGUACACACUGAAUUGUUCCCUAGUCAUUCACUCAGUGCAAGCAAGCAGUUUGACUAUCUGCUACAAAAUCUUUUUUCUAUGGCUGUUUCCCACUAGUGCAGUUAUCAGACACAUCCUGUUUUAGAGAAAUGUGCUCCACUUGUAAUUACAAAGCAAGCUGAACCAGAGACAUAUUGAAUGCUUGUAUGGCCCCCAGGUAACUAAAUUAUUAAUCCCUAACUCCCAUGUUUCUCAAUGAGAGACCGUUGAGUCAGAUCUCCUUGCACACAUCUGGACUUGGUUUCACAGCAGAGAGCAGAGGAAGCUUUGUUCUCUGGUUUUGAGAGAGCCCAGAAAGUGGAUUUGUUCCAAAGGUUUAAUAAGCAAAACUGUUUCACAAUCUACAAGCGCUUUUGCAUGCAAAGCAGAUGUGUAGUUUCUAUUAGCAUUGCUGCCUCCCUGGGAAUGUCUUCCAGAAAACAACCAACAAGAGGAAGGCUAUAUUAUCAUCCCAACUGUAAUAUAGUGCUGUUGUCAGAGCUGGCGGUGCAGUUCAACAGAAACACAAGAACUGCACAGAGGAAUUGCUCAAGAAGGAAGAUGUUGUUAAUUAAAUGUUGCUAGUGUCUCACUUAAGGUCCUCUGGGCCAGCUGGUGACUUCUUUAGCUUACGAGACAUCUUCAUCCUGAAGUUGUGUAACCGAGAACACAUUGGGCUUGCUGUUUCUUCACCAGAUGCUCUUUGCAUUAGCACUGUGCCACACGGCUGUAUACCAAGCUCCAGAAUAAAUCUGAAUUUAGCCCACACA